GUGUUUCUUAUUAUCCUAGUCUGUCCUAGUCUUUAUUCUAGAAAUCCAAGUAAUCGUUUGUAUUAUUUCUAGUCAUGAUCACAAUGUCUUAACCUAGUUAUGACCUAAGGCUUUAUACUCACGAUUUAUAGUAUAUUAUUACGUACAUAUACGUUCAAGAACUUUAUAGAAAAAACACGACGAAAAUACUUGUCUUCUUCUUUUUUCUUUUCUAUUCUGAAACUGAGAUGUAUUUUGAACCUAUAAACAUGUUUCUAGCUUCAUGGAUAAAUCUAUAAAUAAAUUAAGUGCUUCCAAAAUUUUCGUAUCGAGUUAUGUCGAUUUGUUGUCGAUUUUGAAUGUUUCGAUACGAUUAAUGAAUAGUAAUUAUAAGUGACAAUAAAUAUAGAUGCAAAGCGCCCUCAUGAAAAGUGUACUAAUUUUCAAGUGGCAAACGCGCUUAACCACUAUCUUCAGCAAAUGUUUUCUUCCUUUGCUAGCUCUGCUGACUCGCUGGCCUCUACUGACAGAGAACCGGCAAAAUGGACGGUAUCGCAUUGAACGCGUCAGAUCAUGUCUUAGAAGUGAUUUUCUCUUAUUUAGACUUACACACUUUAAGAAACUGUGCAUUGGUAUGUAAGAGGUGGUAUAGAUUCUUAAGGGAUGAAAAUAACGAUGUAUGGAGAAUGCAUUGUAUUAGAACAUUAGCUCAAGAGGCACUUAGUUCUGAUUUAUUAUCAUCAGUACCUACUUACAAAGCAAAGCUUCGAGCAUUUUAUCAUGCUUGGAAUCCGAAUGAUUGUUCACGUAAUGUUUAUAUCAAGCCAAAUGGAUUUACUUUACACAGGAAUCCUGUUGCACAAAGUACAGAUGCUUGUAGAGGUAAAAUAGGUUUUCGACAUGGACGUCAUGCAUGGGAAGUGAUAUGGGAAGGACCUUUAGGUACAGUAGCUGUUGUAGGUAUAGCUACAAAAGAGGCGCCUUUGUUAUGUCAUGGAUAUGUAGCUCUGCUUGGUUCUGAUGAACACUCUUGGGGAUGGAAUCUCGUUGACAAUCAUUUAUUACACAACGGAGAUGCACAAGGAAGUUAUCCAUUACUUAAUAAUGCUCCAACAUACCAGAUAGGAGAAAAAAUUAGAGUCAUAUUAGACUGUGAUGAUAACACAUUGUCAUUUGAGAAGAAUUAUGAGUUUCUAGGUGUAGCUUUUAGAGCAUCAGAAUACAUUUUACAACUAACUGCACAGGGUUACCAGAUAAAAGGUUAUAUCCAUCGGUUUCUGCAGUAUAUGGAAAUUCAGAAAUAUCAAUGGUGUACAUAGGGCCACCUCUAGAUGGCUAACGUUUUACUUCCAACAAAAAAAUAUAUUUGAAUACUUAUCCAAAACUAUAUUCAGCAGUUUGCUACAGAGCUUGUGGCAUCUGAUAUCAACGUAUCUACGUUUCAGUAGAUCUAGCACACUAAAAGAUAUGAUUCUCUUAUUAGAGAAUGUGUGCCUACUAAAUUACAUGGUUGGUAAUAUUGUAAAUAGUUAGUUCUAUUAUUGUAUUUAAGAUGGAGUGUUAUAAAUCGCACAACAUCAUUAAAUUAUUUAAAUUUUGUUUUUAUCAAAUCCACUUUAAGAUCAUAUAAUGGUCAUAAAAUAGGAUAAAAGUAUUUUUAUGAAUUCCAACCAUAUAAUUUUAAUACUAUACUGGAUAUAUAUAUAGAAUUUUUUAUCAUAUUUUGGCCAAUUCAUAAGUAUAAGAAGUAAAUUGACUGUUUAACUAAUUUGGCAAAUUUAAUUGGUUUAAAUUUUCAAAUUAAAUUUUUUCAAUAUUAAAUUAUUUGUUAAGAAAAAUUAAUUGAUUACAUGACAUAAUCAUUAGUUAAUUUAAAUAUGAUAAAUGAAUUAAAACAUCUUUCAAUUUUUUUAUUUGCAUAUGGUCAACAUACAUUGAACAUAGGGAGAUUUUAUUUAUCAGAGAUUUUAUUUAAAUUCAUUUUAGGCUAAAUUAAUUUUACUUAAGUUUAUUUUUAAUUUUAUUUAA